UUUUCGAGAAAAAUUAAUCUCUAAAAGUUUCACUGCAUUUAAGAAAUUUAUUUUACUCCUUCAAUUCACUUUAAUACUUUAUACAAUCAAUCUAAAAUGUCUGGUGCAAUUAAGAGAUUAGUUCCAUUAAUGGAUAGAAUCCUCGUCCAAAGAGCUGAGGCAUUGACAAAGACUGCUGGAGGAAUUGUAAUUCCAGAGAAGGCACAAUCAAAGGUCUUAAGAGCCACAGUUAUUGCUUGCGGUCCAGGAGCCAGAAAUCAGAAAGGAGAAUACAUCAAGAUGGGAGUCUCUGUAGGAGAUCAAGUCCUCUUGCCUGAAUAUGGUGGUACCAAAGUCGAGCUUGAAGAUCAAAAGGAAUAUCAUUUAUUCAAAGAAGGCGAUAUCCUCGCGAAAAUAGAAUAAACAGCAUAGAAAGCUCUAGAAUAAUCACGUACAUUUUAAAGUUAAGAAAUAAAAUUAAUAAUGGAUUGAGAGAAAUACAGAUUGCUAGAAUCAAUGCCAAUUCCUGCCUGUAACAGACCAUUGCAAAGCAUCUCUCAUGAAUACUUUUUUACUAAUUAAAAUCAUGUUGGAGAAAUAUCCUUUGUAAUGGUCCAUAAUGGCAUAGAUUUGUACCAAUCAUGAUUGUAAUCUUAAGUAUGUCUUGACUGACAAAAAUUCCUUUAAUAAAAAGAAGAAAAGCCA